CAGACACUUGUCGUUUUGAUAUCAAUGAUACUGUCAUGUGGAUACCAAAUCCUAUCUCAGAAUAAGGAGACCGAACAGGCUAAGGUGGUACCCAAAUGCCAAGAAACUGGAACAUGUCAGCAGUAUCAAUCCAGUCGUGCAGUAGAUGGAGACAUUAACAUGUGUACAAGGACUGCACAGUUUGGAACUAAUACUCCAGCGAAAUGGACAUGGUGGUAUGUUGACCUUGAGAAAGUACUCAGCAUCUUCAGCAUCAUGAUACAGUUCAAAGACUAUGGAGAACAAUAUGUCAUGAGACAAAGAAGCCGUUUUGCUGGUUUUUCACUGUAUGUGUCAAACACAACUAUAAAGGAGGAUGGGUAUCUAUGUUACAAGAACGGACAGGAGUUACCGACCUUGGAUUUCAAUACAACUUGCGUCAAACAUGGACGUUACGUUAUAUUUUACAAUGAAAGACUUGACGGAACGACUUAUCCUACCGGAUAUGAAACAUCCCAUGUUUACACUGAAUUGUGUGAAGUAACUGUAACAGGAUGUAAAGAAUCCGGUGUGUAUGGAUAUAACUGUGAUCUACCCUGUCCAAACAACUGUCAGGAAUUGAGAUGUGACAUUGUCAACGGAAUGUGUUUGGGUUGUACUGCAGGAUGGGUGGGAGAGUUUUGUAAUGAAUUAUGUCCAGCUGGAUAUUACGGUUUACAGUGUAGAUCUACGUGUACUGGACACUGCAGAGACAACCUGUCCUGUAAUCACAUCACUGGACAAUGUGACUAUGGAUGUGACAAUGGAUGGACAGGAACACAUUGCAACACACAGUGUCCUGCAGAAUCAUACGGUCCUGAUUGUCUGUAUAACUGUAGUGGACAGUGUCUGAGUUACCUCCCCUGUAACAGGACAACAGGAAGAUGUGACAGAGGUUGUAAUCCAGGAUAUACCGGGGAACUCUGUGAUAAAGUCUGUUCAGUUGGUCGGUACGGAUUGAAUUGUUCAGAGAACUGCAGUUCUCAUUGUCGAUCUGAAAGUAAUCAUUGUAACCAUAAAGACGGACAUUGUGAACAAGGAUGUGACGAUGGAUUCAAAGGAAAUAGAUGCGAGGAAAUUUGUAAUGAUGACUGGUAUGGAGAAAACUGCUCUGCACGAUGUAACGAGAACUGUGUCAAUCAGUCAUGUGACCAUAUCACAGGCAGCUGUACAUACGGAUGUAAACCGGGAUGGAGGACCCUCAAAUGCGAAAAGAAGUGCUCAGCAGGAAAGUAUGGCAAAGAUUGUGGAAAUCGCUGUAGCAAUCAUUGCAGAAACAUAACAUGUAAUCACAUCACUGGAUCUUGUCUGGAGGGCUGUAUACCAGGAUAUUGGGGGAGUUUCUGCAACAAACCAUGUGCGAAUGGAACAUAUGGACUCAACUGUUCCCAGAAUUGUUCUCAGAACUGCCUCGACAUUUGUGAUUUUGUUGACGGAUCCUGCACGUGUUCCUCUGGGUGGACGGGGUCCCCUGACUGUAAUGAAACAUGUUCAGUUGGCUGGUACGGAUUGAAUUGUUCAGAGAACUGCAGUCCCCAUUGCCGAUCUGAAAGUAAUCAUUGUAACCAUAGAGACGGACAUUGUGAACAUGGAUGUGACGAUGGAUUUCAAGGAAGUAAAUGUGAGGAAGUUUGCAAUGCUACGUUUUAUGGAGAAAACUGUUCUGUAAGAUGUAAUGAGAACUGUGUCAAUCAGUCAUGUGACCAUAUCACAGGCAGCUGUACAUACGGAUGUAAAACGGGAUGGAGGACUCCAAACUGCAAACAGAAGUGCUCAGCAGGAAAGUAUGGCAAAGAUUGUGGAAAUCCAUGCAGCAAUCAUUGCAGAAACAUAACAUGUAAUCACAUCACUGGAUCUUGUCUGGAGGGCUGUACACCAGGAUAUUUGGGGAGUUUCUGCAACAAACCAUGUGACGAAGAAGCAUAUGGACUCAACUGUUCCCAGAAUUGUUCUCAGAACUGCCUCGGCGUUUGUGACAAUGUUGACGGAUCCUGUUCGUGUUCAGUUGGGUGGUCAGGGUCCCCUAACUGUAGUGAAAAAUUUUCGGGGUCAGGAGGUUCUGCAGCACAGUCCGAUACGACAGAUUCUGGCGCAGUAGCAGGAGCCGUGGGAGGGACGGUGGGAGCCGUAGGUCUUAUUAUUGUACUCAUCACAGGGAUACUGUUUAUACGAUGGAGAAGAAAGAAGGAGAGAAAGCAUGAAGAUACGGAGACGAUAACAUUUUCUUCUGUCCCAGAAACGUUAACAAUAGGUGAUAAAAGACAUGAAGAUAUGGAAAUGAGUGGAAUCAGAAAUCCUGGCUUAGAAUUAAAAACUAACCGGGAAAUACUAAUGACGAAUACUAAAAUAGACAUAUCUGUCGCAGAUUUAGAUACAGCAAUAUUCGUCUUGUCUGAAAAUCAGAAUGUCAAGUUCAAAGAAGAAUAUAUGACAAUUCCUAGAGGAGAACUACACCCAUGUAAUGAAGGAAAGAAACAGGAAAAUGUUGCCAAAAAUCGGUACACCACGAUUUUCCCGUAUGACCAUUCACGUGUUGUUCUGGAAACAUCGCCAAAAGAGUCAGACUACAUUAACGCGAAUUAUAUUGAGGAUGUGCAAGGAAAGAAAUCGUAUAUUGCAGCGCAAGGACCAAAAUCUAAGACAACUGUUGAUUUCUGGAAAAUGGUGUGGCAAGAAGACAUUAGUGUAAUUGUUUGUCUGACAAAUAUCAAAGAGGGAAAUAAGAACAAAUGUGCCCAAUACUGGCCAAAUUCCAGUGACAAGAUAAAGAAAGGCAACAUCAGCAUACGAAACCAGAAAGAAAACGUAUACGCGGACUACGUCAUCAGACACUUCCGCUUGCAAAACAGCGCCAAUAAAGUUGAGCGUGACGUGUGUAUGUUCCACUACACACAGUGGCCAGACCACGAUGUCCCAGAACCGCUGGCUCUCGUGGUAUUCCAUCGACACAUUCUGAAAACUUCUGUCGAACAUCCAGGGGAGUACACUCUUGUCCACUGCAGCGCUGGGAUUGGUAGGACAGGGACGUACAUAGCAUUGGACGCGCUUAAUAAGGGAGGGGAGAUAACCGGGAAAGUUAAUAUCCGGAAGUAUGUAGAAACCAUGAGAAACAGCCGUGCAAACAUGAUCCAGGGCGACGAUCAAUACAGAGUUGUUUACUUGGCAUUACUUGAAUCAUUCCGAGGAAAAGGAAGGUCUGUAUCAACCAGGACAUUUCUACGAGAAUUCCAGGAUCAUUCCUGUUAUAUCAAUCUCGGAGAAGUAGCCAAUAAAUCACCAAUUUCUGCUGAAUUUCAGGACCUGUUGUCCGGAAGACGAGAAUACACACAAGAAGACUACAAAACAGCGCGGCAAAACGUAUCAGCCAAUUACACACCCAGUGUUCUGCCUGUUGAAAGUUACAUGUGUCCAUUGUCAAACACUAAAGGGAAAAGCACCUACUACAACGCAGUUUCUUUACAGUCUUUCACAAGAAAUGACCAUUUCAUCAGUGCUCAAUAUCCUCUCCCAGAUUACACAGAGGACUUCCUGAGACUUGUGAAGACUUAUUAUGCACCUACAAUUGUAUCCUUGAGCCCGUUGGUGGAAAUCGAAUCGUCUUCACUUUGGCUUCCUGGUAAAAAUGAAAGCAAAACGGUUGGAGCAUUCACGAUCAAAAUGACAGAUUGUACACAAACAACCACAGUCACCAAGACUAGCAUUGCUCUGCACCAAAAGGGAGCUAGUGGCAUGAGCGUUUGUGUACUGGAAUGUAGAAGAUGGAAAGGAGAAAGUGACUCCUUAAACCGGAGAGUUUUACUUGAUCUUAUCAACGAGGCGAGGGUGGAGGAAAGGACCCACUCCGAGGGAAGGAUUCUGGUUCUGUCGAGUGAUGGGGCCAAGCGAUGUGGACAAUUCUUGGUUGUAUUCAAUGCUCUGGAACAACUUACCAUGGAUACAGAGGUGGACAUAUUUACAAUCACAAGACAACUCCAAAUCCGACGGCCAGAGUUUAUAUCUUCUCUGGAAGAAUAUCAGUUUUGUUACGAGGCCAUUGCUGAUCAUCUCCAAAAUGACACAGUGUACGCGAAUUGCUGAGGACCAGUCAAAGAGACUGUGACACCAACCAGCCUUCCUCCUAAUAACAAUGGAAACACAUUGAAGAAUUGUUUCAUUCACUGGAGACCAGUAUUAUAUAUGUACUGGAAUUAUUGACUCACCCACACUUCACUUGUUGUAAUUGCUUGUUUCGUAUUAACUAUUCUUCCGCUUCUUGUUCUUCUGCCUUAAAAUGUCCGCAGCCGUUGUCCGUAACCAAUAGAUGAAAGUAUUAGAAACUCAAGGAUGUGAUGAGGCAGUAUAUCUAGUUGUGUAGAAAUGUUUUUGUUUUCAGAUUAAAUGGGGUUAAGUUAUAUUUUGGGGGUGGGUCCAACAUAUUGUUUGAUUGAUUGAUUGUAUCUUGCUUAACGUCUCGUUCGAGAAUUUUUCACUCAUAUGGAGACGUCAUCAAGACCGGUGAAGGGCUUCAAAUUUAGGCCUAUACUCGGCGCUUACGGCCAUUGAGCAGUGAGGGUUCUUUAGCUUGCCACACCUACUGUGACACGGAACAUCCAUUUUUAAGGUUAUCUCUGAGGACCAGUGACAUUCACACCUGAUGCCGAGCGUUUGGCGAUGGAACUGUCAAUACCUGUUAACAUAGAUCUAUAUGUGGAAAAAUUAGUUCCAAAAUUCAACAGAUAUAGCUUUUAAAAAUAUGAUAGCGUCCUAGGGUCUUCGGAAAUGAGAAGAAGAUGCCAGGGCAUACAAACUAGUAUCAAGGUGAAGGGACCCCAGUGAUCUUGACCUCUGACCAUGAAUAAAAAAACCUGGUAUAACUUUGAAACUGAUAUUGAUAGAGACAUGGGAUCUUCAGAUAUGAUAAGACUAAUAGGCAACAAACUAGCAUCAUGUCAAACUACUCCUAUGACCAUCACCUUGAUCAUAAAAAUUGGGACCAACAGAGACAUGGAAUCGGUGAUUUGACACUGAAAUGGAGCCGAGUUGAAUUACACCGUUCCCACGACACGACCAGUAUUCAACGUCCCAUCCAACAUAAUGCAGCAUACAUCCAGUUAUUGCUUGUUCUCUCUCUCUCUCUCUCUCUCUCUCUCUCUCUCUCUCUCUCUCUCUCUCUCUCUCUCUCUCUUAUAUCUAAUUCAGAUUUUAACCAUUACACCUUUAAUUCGGCGUCUAAUUCAUUUAAUUCUGCACAGAAACUCUCUCUGACCUGAACGCACUCUGUCAGCCAUUUUUGUUGUUGUUUUCAUUCUUACUUGCAUGUAUUCCUACGCGCCAUUUCAUAAAAGUUAACCAAAGCUUGUUGAUGAGAGAAACUCUUUGUUUUACUAUUUAAAAAACACAUAUCUAAAUGAUAAGAAAUGAAACUUGUAGUGCAUUGAUGAAAAAGUUGUCCGUCCAAUUUUUUCUUUAAUACCUGCAUCAAGGAAAGAAUUAUAUGUUUCAUUUCUUAAAUCAAGGUCUUUUGGGAAAAUAGUAGUACUCGGAGAAAGCCUACUUUUUUUUAUAUAACCAGUACUUCGUUUGGGAUACUUUAUAUUUUUUAAUCGGUAGAUUAUAUAACCAUAUUUUGCCAUGUCUUAAUUUUAAAAUACAUUGUUGCAACCCUUA